CUGGGUCCCUAGUCACGAGGAUUUACGAAAUUGGGAGAUAAUGUUAAAGGAUCACAUAUUUAGGAUAAACUGUUAGCAUUCGAGUUCACCAAAACUAAGUAAAUAUUUGAAAAGGGUUAAAAAAAAACAAGUUCGAGAAUCUCUGCACUAAAGCAUAACUAAAUUUGAUGACGGACUAAUAAUUCUAUUAUAUUCCAUGUUUCAGAGAGCUGGCCUAGCACCAUUUUGGACAGGAAUCAGAGAAGCAAACGAUCCACACUGUACUGCAAGUUCUCCAGUUGAUAAGUGUUUACAACUGGAUGUUUAUACACCAACAACCCCAAACGAACAACCUUGGCCUGUUUUAUUAUGGGUUAAAGGUGGUAGUGGAUUUUACCAUCCAGGUCAAUUAGUGCGACGAGGAAUUAUACUGGUCACCGUUCGACACCGAAUGGGGCCACUUGGUUUUUUAUGUUCUCACGAAGAACAAAUACCUGGUAAUGCUGGUGUUAAGGACGUGAUCCUUGCACUUCGUUGGGUUAGAGAUAAUAUUGUAGCGUUUAGAGGAAAUCCAGACAAUGUAGUCCUUGCGGGAGAAAGUUUCGGAGCAGCGAUUGUGGAGACAAUAAUGCUCUCACCAAUGUCUCAAGGUCUCUUUCAUGGAGCCAUAAUGCAAAGCGGUACUGUUUUAAGUCCGUGGGCAUUCAAUUAUAACCCAAAAUCUCGAGUAAAUGCAUUGAUGACAGCCUUCAACAAUAAAGAAUUUCCAACUACUUUGCUAGAAACAAGUUUAGAAGACUUAGUUGAGAAAUCUAAAGAUUUAGAUAUGCCUUACUUUCCAUUUGGAAUUUGUGUAGAAAGAUCAUUCAAGAAAGAAGAAAGAUUAUUAGCGGAACCGCCUUACGAUCUGAUGUCUGAUGGAAAGGUGAUCGGUGUUCCAUUGAUCAUUGGGUACAAUAACAAUGAAGGAUACAUAUUUGCAACUAUGCUUAAGCUAGCAAAUGUUAUAAGAAGACUCUCGACUGACAUGAUGUUCCUACUACCCAUGAAACUUGAAGAUAUGGGUGCCAGGCAAUUAAAUCAGACUCGGGACAGAAUAAAAGACAUUUAUUUCAAGAAUGGAAACUUUAAUCUUGCUUCUAUUAUUGAGUAUCAUAGCGACGCUUAUUUCAUCAAUCACGUACAUCGGAGCGCUCGAUUACAUUCCUCAUCGUCACACUAUCCCGUCUACUACUAUCAAUUUUCUCACUCCGGGGAUACUGGAGUUGAACCAGAAAAUGGUAUAGACAAAAUAGGAGCGGCCCAUUCCGACGAAUUGGCCUUCUUAUUUUCAGAGAAUGGACUGACUCUUAGUGGUGAUGAUGGAAAGGUGCAAGACAAAUUAGUUACUUUGUGGACGAACUUCGUCAAGCAUUUGAAUCCCACGCCAGAUAAAAGUGAUUCUGCGCGAUGGGAAUCGUUGGACUACCACGCCCCUCGUCUUCUAAAUAUUGGUAUGGAUAUAGAGAUGAUGGAUUUCCCACGCACUGCAGCGAUGGAUAUGUGGAAUAAAGUUUACGAGAAAUACUAUACAAGGGAAAGAAACAAAGCUAAAUAGGGCAUUUGUAUUAUAUUAACAAAAUAUUUGUUUUAAAU